UACAGGAAAUACCAGACUGAGCGUGUACCAAAUCUCACUUCCUGUCUUAUUUCCUGUUUUCGGCCAUUUUAGAUCUGGUUCUAGAAGGUUGAGCAGCUUCUCAGUCUCCAUCCUGAACACACGGCCACUAGAGGGCCAGCAUGAGAUGUUCUCCAUGUCACACCUCACAGGUGGCGUGAUGAACCAAGUUUUUGGUCAAGGUGGUCUUCCUGAGCACAACUGAGACGCCAUGGUGAUGCGCCAUAUGGUUGUUCUGACUGAAAGGCUUUAUUACAGGACACAAGCCGUAUCAGUAUUCUAAAUGUCAUAAAUGUUUUGGAUCCUCUUCAACAUUCAUCCAGAUUUUCAGUGUUCCUGAGGAGACAAAGCCUUUAGAAUAAAGUCAGAUAAUAUCAGAUACAGGAUGGCUGGCACUGGAGAGAAUCCAUUUUCAUGUUCUCAUUGCAGAAGAACUUUUAGAAGAGAGCAGAGUCUUAUCAGACACCAGCAAGUCCACAAAGGAGAGACAUCUUUUCAAUGUUCUGAAUGCAGCAAAGUUUUUCCAUGGAAAGUAAAACUUCUCAAACACCAGAUGACUCACACUGAAGAGAAGCCAUAUCAAUGUUCUGAGUGUGACAAAGCUUUUAGAAUGGAGAAGCAUCUUAUCAUACACCAGAGGAUUCACACUGGAGAGAAGCCAUUUCAGUGUCCUGAAUGUGACAAAGCAUUUGCAUCAAAGUCCUAUCUCUACAGCCACCAGAUGAUUCACACUGGAGAGAAGCCAUAUCAGUGUUCUGAAUGUGACAAAGCUUUUUCAUUAAAGUCAUAUCUUAUCAGCCACCAGAUGACACACACUGGAGAAAAGCAAUAUCAGUGUUCUGAGUGUAGCAAAGCUUUUCUAGCCAAGUCAAAUCUUAUUAGACACCAGUGGAUUCACACGGGAGAGAAACCAUAUCCGUGUUCUAAAUGUGACAAAGCUUUUACAUCAAAGUCAUAUCUUAUCAUUCACCAGAUGAAUCACACUGGAGAGAGGCCAUAUCAGUGUUCGGAAUGUGACAAAGCUUUUACAGUGAAGGACAAUCUUAUCUUACACACAAUGAUUCACACUGGAGAGAAGCCAUAUGAAUGUUCUGAAUGUAACAAAGCUUUUAAAACCAAAAGAGAGCUUGUUGUGCAUCAGAGGGUUCACACUGGAGAGAAGCAGUACUCUGAAUGUGACAAAGGAUUUGCAUCAAAGUCACAUCUUAUCGGCCACCAGAUACAUCACACUGAAGAGAAGCCAUAUCAAUGUUCUGAGUGUGACAAAGCUUUUAGAGUGGAGAAACAUCUUACCAUACACCAGAUGACUCACACUGGAGAGAAGCCAUUUCAAUGUCCUGAAUGUGGCAAAGCAUUUGCAUUAAAGUCAUAUCUUAUCAACCACCAGAGGAUUCACACUGAAGAGAAGCCAUAUAAGUGCUCUGAAUGUGACAAAGCUUUUACAUGGAGGUCAAAUCUCUUCGCACACCAUAGGAGUCACUCUGGAGAGAAGCCAUACCAGUGUUUCAAAUGUGACAAAGCUUUUACAGUGAAGUCAAACCUUAUUACACACCAGAAGAUUCACAGUGGAGAGAAGCCAUAUCCGUGUUCUGAAUGUGAUAAGGCUUUUACGUUGAAUUCAGAUCUCAUCUCACACCAGAGGGUUUACACGGCAGAGAAGCCAUUUCAGUGUUCUCAAAGCUGUAAAGUCACAUCUUAUCAAACGCCAAAGGAUUCACAGCCUUCAGCUCCGGUAGAAGGCGGAAUGUUAACAGCUAGCAGCUAAGUCUCCUUUCUCUUUUUUUUUUUUUUUUUUUUUUUUCUCUUUCCAGAAUUUCUACAAGACUCCCCCACCCAAACCAUAUAUUUUCUGAAAGCACAUGAACUGUAGAAUAAAAAAAAAAAAGGUGCUACUGAUUUUUAAGGCCCUGCAAUAUCUGCACAAAUGUUUAUCGAACAAUGUUUUCGCUAAAAAUACACGCACAUUUCACAAAACUCCUGCUAAAAUUGUAUUAAAUAUAAAAGCUUAACCUGUGAGUUAAUAAAUAACAAAUAUUUGUACAUUUUUUCAUUGUG